AUUAUUAAGAAGUUUCUUGCUUACUUUUAUUGAGAUGUAGAAUUUCAGCCGGCCAAAUAGUGAAGGUAUAACAUCAGCAUGGGUCUAUUUCCUUUCGAAUGUUCCACUGUUUCUUUAAAUAGCUUCAUAGCUGAGAGCUCUGUCUAAGACUUUGAUGAAAUGGGGACUCUUUCUUUUACACUUUUGAGUAUCAUUUUUUUGCUCAUCUUCUUCACUGAGAUCUCCUGGGCUGCUGACGCCAUUUCUGGGACCCAGUCCAUCACUGGAAACAGCACCUUAGUUUCAAAAGAUGGAAACUUUGAAAUGGGUUUCUUCAGUCCUGAUGGUUCAACGAAUCGGUACGUGGGAAUCUGGUAUAAGGAUAUAUCUGCUAGAGCUGUUGUUUGGGUGGCAAACCGGCAGAAUCCAAUCAAUGACUCAUCUGGUACUUUGAUGAUAAACAGCACAGGCCAUCUUGUUCUCAGCCAGAAGAGUGGUGUUGUUUGGUCAGCAAACCCAGCUAAACCUAUCCAGACCCCAAUAUUACAGCUUCUGGAUUCUGGAAAUCUAGUAGUAAGAGAUGAUAAAGAUGAGAAUUUAGAGAGCUAUGUGUGGCAGAGUUUUGAUUAUCCUUGUGAUACAUUAUUACCAGGUAUGAAGCUGGGAUGGGACUUGAAAACUGGUCUCCAAAGGCGUUUGGUAUCAUGGAAGAGCUCAGAUGACCCUUCUCCUGGAGACCUUACUUGGGAGAUAGAUAUUAAUAACUAUCCUGAGUCUGUUAUGUUUAGAGGCUCCGAGAAGUACUACCGGGGUGGCCCAUGGAAUGGCCUUCGAUUCAGUGGUGCACCAGAGUUAAAACCCAACCCUUUAUUCAAGUUUGAAUUUGUUUUUAACGAAGAUGAAGUUUACUAUACUUAUAACCUCUUAAAUAAUUCUGAAAAAUCAAGGAUAGUUGUGAACCAGACCAAUGGUUAUACGAGGGAUCGUUAUGCCUGGAAUUCAGUGACGCAAAGUUGGGAUGUGUUUGCAACAGUGCCAAGGGAUAACUGUGACAAGUAUGCUCUUUGUGGUGCCUAUGGAAACUGUAUCAUUGGAGAAUCCCCUGUUUGCCAAUGUCUAGAGGGUUUCAAGCCAAAAGGAAACUUGAUGGACUGGUCUCAAGGAUGUAUACGGAAUAAGCCAUUCAACUGCCAGGACAAAGAUUCAUCUGGGUUUUUAAAAUUCCGCAGCUUGAAAUUGCCAGAGACUGCAUAUUCUUGGGUGAAUGAAAGUUUGAAUCUUAAGGAAUGCAAAGCCAAAUGCUUGAGCAAUUGUUCUUGUACGGCUUAUGCAAAUUCUGAUAUCAGAGGAGGAGGUAGUGGUUGUGUUAUGUGGUUUGGGGAUUUGAUUGAUAUUCGAGAGUUUCAAGCUGGUGGACAGGAUCUAUAUGUUCGAAUGCAUGCUUCGGAGUUAGGUUCAAAAACGAAGCGUACUGUGAGGAUAGCUGUGAUAGUUUUGCUAGUCACUGUUGUGGUAUGUGGGGUGUUGUUGGUUGCUCAUUACAUCCGCAGAAGAAAAUGCUUGGAAGAACAUGCAGGGACCAACGGAAUAAUAAUGAAUCAGAACAAUGCAGGCCAAACAGAAGACCUAGAGGUGCUAUUCUUCGACCUAGAUAAGAUUGUUAAAGCCACUAACAACUUUUCAAGCAGCAACAAGCUUGGUGAAGGUGGUUUUGGACCUGUUUACAGGGGUACACUAAAAGAUGGGCAAGAGAUUGCGGUGAAAAGGCUUUCAAUGAGUUCAGGACAAGGACAGAAUGAAUUCAAAAAUGAAGUUAUUCUGAUUGCUAAACUUCAACAUCGAAACCUAGUAAAGCUUCUUGGUUGUUGCUUUCAAGGGGAAGAAAAGAUGCUAAUUUAUGAAUACAUGCCCAACAAAAGCCUGGACUCCUUCAUUUUUGAUCAAAGAAAAAGUGAAAUGUUAGACUGGUCCAAGCGCUUCCAUAUAAUCUGCGGAAUUGCAAGGGGACUUCUAUAUCUCCAUCAAGAUUCCAGAUUAAGGAUUAUACACAGAGAUCUCAAAGCUAGUAAUGUUUUACUAGAUAAAGAAAUGAAUCCAAAAAUUUCAGACUUUGGAAUGGCUAGAACAUUUGGAGGAGAUCAAAGUGAAGGGAAUACAAAUAGAGUGGUUGGAACAUAUGGUUACAUGGCACCUGAAUAUGCCAUAGAUGGGCUGUUCUCGGUGAAGUCUGAUGUCUUUAGCUUUGGUAUUCUACUGUUGGAGAUCAUAAGUGGAAAGAAAAAUAGAGGGUUCUAUCAUCUAGAAACUAAUCUCAACCUAAUUGGAUAUGCUUGGAGACUGUGGAAAGAAGGCAGGCCUUUAGAAUUUAUCAAUCCUUUCUUAAGAGACUCGAGCAAUCAUUCAGAGGUGUUACGCAGUAUCCAUGUUGGUCUUUUGUGUGUGCAAGAGCACCCUGAAGACAGACCAAGCAUGUCUUAUGUGGUUGUGAUGUUGGGCGGUGAGAAUGCUUUGCCUGAGCCCAAACAACCUGGUUUCUCAUUAGGUAAAGACACUGUUACGGCAGAUUCUUCAUCAAACAAAGUUGAAUCUUCGUCAACCAAUGAAAUUACUGUGACUCUUUUAGAGCCCCGAUAGAGGCAUGAAGAUUGUGGAAAGAGGUCAGAGCUUUGGAACUUAUAAAUCCAUGCUUCAAGGACUCAACCAAUCUUCCAGAGGUGCUGCGCAGCAUUCAUAUUGGUCUGCUUUGUGCACAAGAGCACCCUGAACACAGGCCAAGCAUGUCUUAUGUAGUUGUGAUGUUGGCAAGUGAAAGUGCCUUGCCUCGGCCCAAACAACCUGGUUUCUCAUUAGGAAAAGCCACUGUUCCAGUAGAUUCUUCACCAAACAAGAUGGUAUAUAACCUCUUCAACCAAUGAAAUUACUGCAACUCUUUUAAAGCCUUGAUAGAGGUUUGUACUUACAGAGCUCUAGUAUAAUUACAUUUGGUCAUCAAUGCAUGUCCUGUUCGGUAUUUAAGCAAUCCAAUUUGUGGGAUCAAAACUAAAAAAAUCUAAAUGGUCAUGAUUAUUUUUUAGUGCAUAUUAACCAGUUUGUUCAACCUCUCAAUCAAUAUAGGAUAGAGGGUUGUAAUUACAGGUCUACUACAGUCAUUUACG